AUGACUGGUGAAACGAUUGGACGAAGAUCACUGUUGCAGAAGUACGAACACUUAAUUGGAGGAUUUGCUGGUGGAGUGGCCAGCACCGCAGUAUGCCACCCUAUGGAUCUUCUCAGGAUUCGCUAUUCUGGUAAAAGUUUUGUGCUUUCUAUCACUGAAACGGCAACCAGUGCUGUAAACCAGUUGGUUACAGCUAAUGAAGGUGGUGUGUUUCGACCUCAGUACAAGAGCUAUAUCGAUGCAACCAAAUGCAUAUUUCGAGCCGAAGGCGUUCGUGGACUCUAUCAAGGUCUUACACCGAAUAUGGUUGGCGCAGCAUUAUCGUGGGGACUUUACAUGGAAUGGUAUCAUAAAAUAAAGGCGAUGGUGCCGUUUCACUCUUCAAAUGAAAGUUUGAAUAACUUCUUAUGUGGCUUCUUCGCCGGAGCUGCUGUUAUGUGCUUCACAAAUCCGAUUUGGGUGACAAAAACAAGGCUUUGUCUCCAAUACGAGACCAGCACUGCGAAAAAGUACUCUGGAAUGUUGGAAUGUUUGCACAAAAUUUCCAAAGAAGAAGGUGUUAAAGGUCUAUAUAAAGGUUUUGUGCCAGGAUUGUUCGGAACUACUCAUGGUGCUUUACAAUUUAUGUUAUACAAUCGUCUCAAAGCUUGGCGCUGUCAAACGCUAGGUUUGCCCUGGGACGCUCCUUUAAAUUCUCAAGACUACCUAGUGUUUUCGGCAAUUUCGAAAUCCAUUGCAACUACGGUUACUUUCCCGUACCAAGUGCUUAGAACCCGAAUGCAGGAUCAUAAUGUAGAGUCAGGAGGAGUAUGGCGAACAACAACUAUGACACUUAAACGAGAAGGUAUCCGUGGUCUAUAUAAGGGUUGUUUAAUGGCUAACCUUAGACAAUUACCGGCUGCCAUCGUCACUUUUGUAACCUAUGAAAAUGUGAAGCACCUUAUUAGGAGUUCAAAUUUCUAA